GAAGGGGGCGACAGACUACCGGUUGCGCUGCUGCAGACAGAGGAAGAGGGUCUGUGGGUGCAGUUCAUGUUAGCCUUCACUAUUGCUGUUAGCAGGCACCACUGACAAGUGCCUCGCACAGUGUACUUCUAAAACGCGUUUUUGUUUAUUAAACCAGCUUUAGGAGUUCAAAUCGAGGGUCUUAAACGAUUCCUGCGCCAAGAUGAGCUUCCUGUUUGGUAGUCGCUCAUCUAAGACCUUCAAGCCGAAGAAGAACAUCCCAGAGGGCUCCCACCAGUAUGAGCUGCUGAAACAUGCAGAGGCAACGCUGGGUAGCGGAAACCUGAGACAGGCUGUCAUGCUGCCAGAAGGAGAGGAUCUCAAUGAAUGGAUUGCAGUGAAUACGGUGGAUUUCUUCAACCAGAUCAACAUGCUGUACGGUACCAUCACCGAGUUCUGCACCGAGACGAGCUGCUCCGUGAUGUCUGCAGGACCAAGGUAUGAGUAUCACUGGGCUGAUGGCACCAAUAUUAAGAAGCCCAUCAAAUGCUCUGCACCCAAGUACAUUGACUAUUUGAUGACUUGGGUGCAGGAUCAGCUGGAUGAUGAGACACUUUUCCCCUCCAAGAUCGGAGUUCCCUUUCCCAAGAAUUUCAUGUCUGUGGCCAAAACCAUCCUGAAGCGCCUGUUCAGGGUUUACGCUCACAUCUACCACCAGCAUUUUGACUCUGUGAUGCAGCUGCAGGAGGAGGCCCACCUCAACACCUCCUUCAAGCACUUCAUUUUCUUUGUUCAGGAGUUCAACCUCAUUGACCGGCGAGAGCUCGCUCCCCUGCACGACUUGAUCGAGAAGCUUGGAUCAAAGGACAGAUAGACAUUUCAUCACACGUCUUCCCUUCAUAACAUUUUUUCCUCCUUUUUUUCGCUGUCUGUGACCUCUUCUACCUCUGACUUCUAGCCUCAGCUCUGAAAAUCUGUGCCUUCCUCCUCGUAUCUCCUGAAUCUUUGCUGUAUUCUUUCCCUUUUGUUCCUUUCGGUUGUUUGCUGUCUUUGAGCCUCUGUUUUUUGUUUAUUUUAGCUUCACAAGAUCAUAAAAUAAUUUUGUAGAGUAAACUUUUUUUUUUUAUAUACAGGACUGUGGUUAGUGACUCUUUAAGAGCAACCUACUGAUUUUUUUUUUUUUUUCUCCAAUUGGACCAAGGACAUUUGGAAGUUGAAGUGAAACACAGCUGAUCCGCUGUAAUUACAGAAACUGACCAAACGUAGGUUUUUCUUUUUCUUUUUUAACUCUCUGUCAUUAGUUUACAGGGAGAGUAACAGGAAGGAUUGGGGGUAGUGACGUUAACAAAGGUUUUCAGAGGGCUUUUGUAACAUUACAUGAAGGCAGGCAAAAAAAUGUAACAGUAUAUUAUAGUAUAUUAACAGUAUAUAGAGCUCUCUGUCACGCGCUAGUUGUGUAUCUGAUAUCCCACACGCUAACAGGGGUCUGAUUAUGUGACGAGAUUCAGUGAUAGUUAAUCGUAAGGUGCCUUUCCUCUUACACCAUAAAAGAACAUCAUCUUAGACUCCAGUAGUUUCAGUUUGAUCACACAUUACUGUCUUUUUGCACUUUUUUUCCUUCCUUAUUUGAUUAAAAUAGUAAAAUGUGAGAUAUAGUGCUUUUAUUUACAAUUUGGUUCCACCUAUAGCUUUUAUAAUGACCCUGUGAAGGGACUAUGUAGUGUAAAGUCAACCUGUUAACAGCAAAAUAUAAUCUGUGAACUUUUUAAAAAAUUUUAGUUCUUUUCUGUGGUGCCGAUUAAAGUCAGUGCUGGUACUUAGUUUAUUUGUUUUUCCUUUUAUUUUCAAAAUUUGUACUAAAUAUUCCCCCUGAAGUGGACCAUAGUGGAUAAUUAUUACUAUUAUUACACCCGUACACCUGAGAUGUAUGCAGUAUUUCAGGCAUGGUCAGUUCCUCCGGCUUCAAACAGCAGGGCUGUUUGUACUACCAUCUUUUUAUAAACUGAAGCAGAUUAUAUUCCUGCUGAAUGCUUUGUCUGGUUUUAUCAAGGGAAUUCUUGUUGGACCUAAAUUUCUAUUGGACAAUCACGUGACCAAUUAUGAUCUUAAAUUAUGCACAACAGGAACUAACUAUUAGAUUUAGGGGCAGCAGGAUUCAUUUUAUUUUUUGUUACCACUUUGUAAGAAAGACUUGUCGUCAUACCAAGGUAAAGGUGUAAUUGUAAACUUUUAGUUCACGGCUCACAAGAUGCUAGUCAAGUCAGUACUCUGCAGGCAUUUCCAGGCAUUACCUUGAAUCUGUAUUCAAUGACAUGUUUUUGAAAUUUAUUUUCUUUUUUUUUUCCCUCAUGAUUUUUAUUUUUAAGAUUUUGGUAUGACGUUACAUUUCAUAUUGCAUUGCAAAAUGUUGGCUUUAUCUUUUGAAUCUUGUAUAACAAAAAGGGCUUUGAAAUGAAUGAAACCAGUUUUGUUUUUUGUUUUUUUUUUUGUUUUUUUUUUAUUGGACCAAUUGUUGGCUGGUCAUUCAGGCUAAGAAAGAGUUGUUUGUAUGUACCACGUCCACACAUUUGCUGUACAUAAGAUCAGUGUUUUCUCUGAACAAACCUGUGCCUUACCAUAAUGGAAGUGUCUGAUAUGAUGGCAUUGAUAGAUCAGAAACUCAAUAAACACUGAAAAGACA